UGCAAGUAGGAAGAGAGAGCAGCUGCACUGGACCCCUGGGAAAGAUCCACUCAGCUCUCCCAAAGGUAGAGAGGCUGGGUGGAUAUAAAAAAAAAAAAAUUGUGAGUGUGUGAGAAAAUGUGUGUGAAUGUUUGUAUGUGUGUGUGUCUCUGUCAAUGUUUGUCAGUGUGUUUGUGUCUGUGUGUUUGUGUGCGUCUGUUUAGGUACCUGCCCCCUUCUGAUUACAUGAGAGAGGUGUUUUUAUUCACAUUUUCCCCACACAGUGCCGGUUUAGCCGCGGCUUGUCACGCCUCCAUGGCUGAGAUCAAUAGUCUUUAUGAUCUCAGCUAAGCCAAUGCUUUCACAUAGGAAAGCAUUAGGAGGACAUUGAGCAUGAUCUCAAUGGGUAACAUUCAGCACCUCCAUGCAGACCGUGGAGACGCUGAACAUGGGUGCCGCACACUGUGCAGCACUGACACAGGACUCUCUAGUGACCGUCUGAGUAACUGUCACUAGAGGUGUUACUAGGCAGCAAUGUAAAAACUCCCUAUUUUAUGAAAAUGCAGCAUUUAUAUUGAAAAGGCAAUAGGCACCAGAAAAACUAUGCUAAUCUGUAGUGGUUCUGGUGACAAUAGUGUCUCUUUAAGAAUUGUAUAUUGCUCAUUGUAAAUUAAACUUUGUUCGUUUAAAAAAAAAAAAAAAAAAAACUGGCUCCUAGAUUCCAAAAAAAUGUGUCUAGCAAUGCUUUAACCCUGCAUUCAUUUACACAGCAUACACAAACUGUGCUCACAGAUUUAAACAUAGUACAUUACAAGUAGAAAUACGCACAUACAUACAUACACUGACUGGUCACCCGCAACAUUAAAACAAUCUGUCUAAUAUAAUGCUGCCAAAACAAUUCUUAUGCGUUAAGAACAAGUUGAACAUGCCUAGUGGUGUUUAAACAUGUCUUGUGGUGUCCUGCAAGGUACAAGGUGGGACCUCCAUGGAUCGGAUUUGUUGUUCCAGCACAUCCCACAGAUGCUCAGUCGGAGUGAGACACCUUGAACUCUUUUUCAUUUUCCUCAAACCAUUCCUGAACAAUUUUACAGUGUGGCAGGAUGCAUUAUCCUGCUUAAAGAGACUGCCAUAAGGGAACACCAUUGCCAUGAAGUGGUGUAUGUGGUUUGAAACAAUCUCUAGGUAGAAGAUACGUGUCAAAAUAACAUCCACAUGAAUGCCAGGACCCAAGGUUUCCCAGCAGAACAUUGCCCACAGCAUAACACUGCCUUCGCCGGCCUCCUUCUUCCAAUAGUGCAUCCUGCUGCCAUCUCUUCCCCAGUUAAAUAAUGAUGUGACCAGGCAGAAGGCCAGGCAUUCUACUUCCGUUGCUCCAUGGUUCAGUUCUGACUCUCCCGUCCUCUUUGAAGGCACUUGCUGCGGUGUACAUUGUUCAUUAUGGGCACUCGGAAUAGUCUGCAGCAGCAUACCCCCAUUCACAGCACACUCUCAUGCACUGUGUGUUCGGACACCUUUCUAUCAUGGCCAGCAUUAAGUUUUUCAGUAAUUUGAACUACAGUAGCUCUUCUGUGUGAUUGGGCUACACAGAAUAGCCUACUCUUCCCACGUGUAUCAAUUAGUCUUGGUUGCCCAUGACCCUGAUGCCGGUUCACCAGGUGUCCUUUCCUUGCACAACUAAUGUUGUGGCUGAUCAGUAUUUAUACAUAUGAAGUAGUCAAAAUAUUUCUUUUUUUUUUUUUUUAGAUGUUUUAGGCUUGCAAUAUGCAGUUAAUUCAUUCAUUAUACAUAUUUAUAUGCCUUCUUGCUUUAGAACUUUUGUGAUUACAGGCACCUAACAUGUAAAUCUGACCCUUCUCGCAAUGGUGGAACAUGUUCGUUUCUGUUCAUUAUUCUGAAUUCUGUCUGUCCUGCCAAAAAAAAAAAGAGAUGAUUGAUGGCUAAGGGACCAUCAAUUAAUGUUGAUUUUAUAUACAAAUCAAAUGAGAAUUGAGCAAUAGAGUGAAAAAGAAGGAGCUGUAAAAAAAAUCUUAAAUCUUACCUGUUUUCCCCCGCUGGGCUCCCUCGGCGCGGGAAACUAUCCUCAUCCUUUUCGCCGUCAUCGGCUGAAUGCUCAUGUGCACGCGCAUUCAGCCAGUCCAUAGGAAAGCAUUCUCAAUGCUUUCCUAUGGACGCUGGCAUCUUCUCACUGUGAAAAUCACAGUGAGAAGCGCUGAAGCGUCUCUAGCGGCUGUCAGUGAGACAGCCACUAGAGGCUGGAUUAACCAAUAGGUCAACAUAGCAGUUUCUCUGAAACUGCUAUGUUUACAGCAAAAAGGAUUAAACCUAGAUGGACCUGGCACCCAGACCACUUCAUUAAGCUGAAGUGGUCUGGGUGGCUAUAGUGGUCCUUUAACCCCUUAAGGACACAUGACAUGUGUGACAUGUCAUGAUUCCCUUUUAUUCCAGAAGUUUGGUCCUUAAGGGGUUAAGGCUGUUUUCUGGAGUUUUUCCUAUUUACAUCUAUUUAUUCCCUCAUCUGUGCUAAAAUAUUCUUCAUUGCACCUCUUCUGUCAUUUUAUAUUCCUGUUCCAUUUUAGUUCUUUUUUUUAUUUUACAAGUUUGUUGCCACAAUGUAAAAAAAAAAAAAAAAAAGUUGUGAAAGCAUGCUAUUUAUUUCCCACAAACUUUUCCACCACUGUCAGAUUUUUUUUUAGUCAGCUUUCAUGUUCUUCAUUUUUAUUUCAAUGUCAAUACUGCAAUACCCCCUGAAAUGCUCAUAUUGACUGUGUUUUGGAAUUUCACAGACAUUCCAACUCAGUCAAAAGAUAUAUUGAGAAACAGAGGAGACUGCAGUGGGACCUCGGUUUACAAACGCCUCGGUUAACAUAAUUUUCGGUUUGCAAAUGAAAAUCCUUUGAAAAUAAUGCCUCGGUCUACAAAUUUUUUUCGCAAUACAUAGCAAGUUUCCCCAGGAUGCAUUGCACCUGGGAGGUUUAUAGCAUUGCCCCCUGCAUGCUGGAGCCUGUGGGUAGCAUAUGGCGUCGAGUGUGGAGGUGUUGGAGCGGCUUUUGCAUCAAGUUUUGGAUCCAUUCUGGAAAUUGUUUGCAGUUGUUUUUGGACUUUUUGGUGUAUUUCUCAAGCUGUGGAAAGAUUGGGAGCUGAGCUUCAUCGUUUGCAUGCCUUUUACUGUGUGUUUUGCAUUGUGGGUUGGUUUCCAUGCCAGCUCAUUUUGACUUAUUUCUGACCUCCUGAACCGAUUAAUUGUUUUUCAAUAACAAAUGUUUCGCAAUAAGAAACGUCCCGGUGAACGCAUUAAAUUCGUAAACCGAUGUCCCACUGUACUUUCUCUCAGUAUUUCUUAUACAUCUGACACUGGGCAGAGCUACCAGUGAUGGCUGUUAGCUGUAUUUAUGGAGGUUCUUGGGAAGUCCUCCAUAGACAUCAAUGCUGUACUCUUGCACUUAGGAAAUAUUCAAUUUGACUGUGUUGGAAUCUCAUUGAUAUUCCAGCAGGUCAAAAGAUAUACUGAGACAAAGUAGGGAGUCAGUAUUUUUUUCUACGGCUGCAAGAAGUUAACUCUGUCUACUGAGGGUUCUGCACGUGCUAUUCUCAUAUUUGUUGUAAAUCAAUCACCUGUCAGAAAUUCAUGCUUCAUUAUCGUUGGUAACCAACACCUGUCAAUCGAAAUAACUGUCAAUUUCAAGCAUUAUUGCCUGUUCUUGCCUGCUGCGGAAGGACAGCGUUCCUGCUGUAUGUUUACAAAAGAUUAAUAAAAGUUUGAAUGUUCAAUUAAAGUUUACUGAUAUCCUGAGCCCCUUUAUAUAAGAGCACAAUUAUUGAACCGCGGUAUUGCGGAUUGUCCAUAGACCUCAGUGCUGUACUCAGCAUGUGUGAAAGUACAGCAGUGACGUCUGCUUCUGGCGCUUCAGAAGAGGACCAACAGAAGAUGGCGGCGACCAUGAGGGACAGGUUCAGGUAAGUCAAACUCACCUUUACCUGCCCCCCUGGUAACCAAACCUCCAUUGGCAAUGUCACUGUUGGGGUCUUCCCCAAAGGGUGACAAUGCCGCUUUAAAGGACCACUAUAGUGCCAUGAGGGUGCGCCCACCCUCAGGGUCCCCCUCCCGCCCGGCUCUGGAAAGGGGUUAAACUUACCUUUUUCGGGGGGCGGAGUCUGACUGCUGGAGUGGACGGUCGCAUGCUGCCCGAGCUCCGGGCCCAAGACCAGCAAAUCAACAGAAUACCAAGCCAAAACUAUUGACAAAUUGCUCCACUCACCUAAUGGGCACUAGUAAGCAGUCCGGGGACACGGUGCAUGCGGUAAACCCGCCGACGAACAGCUACUCCACGAUGAGGCAACUGCGCGGCCUACGGGAGGCCGAGGCGGGGGGAGACGGCCGCUCUCCUUGCACUCCGGUUGACCGUGGAGCCCAUAUUUGCUCCCACCCUCCCCCCUAUGGACCGGCGGGGGUCAUCCCGGUCCCCCAGAAGGCACAGGCAUGCUCACCCCGUCCUAGCCUGAGGGGCCCUGCAGAAUCGGAUUCCCACACGGAAGGAGCCAAGAUGGCCGCCGGACCGAAACCCAUCUCACCUCAAACCUCCAAGAUGCGGGCCACCCAGAGGGACGGUAUCGCCAGGGCCUUUGAUGACUUCUGGGCCAAAUACCAAGAACUAACUCUACAGAGCGAGGCACAGCGUGCUACCGAAGAACCGAACCACAGCAAUAGAUGGAUUGACAUGAAUCUGGGCCAGGCAGACCCUAAGCAAGCCACGAGGAAACUGGAGGGAAAGUGGAAACACCACAACAGGUGGAGUGCCACCCAGGGCCUGACCCGGUCUCACCCACCAGUCCAACCGCAGCCUACCUCCAAGCGCACUUCUUACAGCACCUCAAGAAAUACACUUAAGGCACAGAGGCCUCUCUCCACACAUAGAUCACGAGACCAUCAGGCCGGUCAUCAUCACCGUCCACCCAAACACCCACCGAGAGACCCGGGGAAAAUGCCACGAUGGAACAAACAUAAGCAGCAGUCUAAACCAGGAUGGGGCCAAACUACAGCAUGGAAAGCAGGGAGGAGAAGGCGGGAAACCCGACGCAAGCCCCUGCGGGUCAGCAACAGCCCACCAGCGGUGAGUCACCUAACUGAAAGGAGACAAACCCAAGGACUAUCCACCCAAACCCCCCCUCCCCGCGCUGUGAUCACAACCCCACCUGGGCAAAGUCACCAUGGCAGAGACCACCAGACUCCCAGGCACAGCCCAGCCCAGUACAACUACCUAAAAGUGCUGUGGCGCGAUGGGGGACCUCCUCAUACUCACCAAACUGCCUUAACAGAGGAUACCAAUCACCAUAAAACCCACUAUCCCCACCAGGGACAACAAGCCCACGACAUGCUCAUCACAAGACAGGGGACUUAUGCAACCAUACCCUCUGAAUACACCUCGGCUGGACACUGGAAGAGCACUGACUGGGAGGACCCCCACCGCCUACUGCUCCGGGCACUAACCCGACGGCUGAUGGGGAUCGGUUAGACCACACAGGCUGGACAUUACGUUACUUAGUACAGACGCAGCACACUAAGCUUAACACAAUAUGUGCACUCAAUUUUUUUUUAAUUUUUUUUUUCUAUACCUGAGCUUAUAUUAUAUGUGAUUGUAUUAUAAUUAUAUAUAAUUAUUAGCGCUAGUGGAAUCUUAACAAUCUAGAAAUCGCUAAACAAAUGUCACUAUACCUUUCACUCAUGCAUAAUAUGCAUUAGAAAUGCCUUAAUCUAUAGUGCUAAAUGUAUGAUCCUUCGCUAUGUCUAUACUCGUAUCUUACCUUUUCUGUUGAGCAGCAUAGAAGAACUCCUAGAUAAGCAACAUUACUAUAUAAAAAUGUGCAGUACUCUUUCAUGCCUAACUAAUGUACCUAUAUGUUAGCAAACUGCUUACCCUAGCUGUUGUGGCAUUGUAAGCCUGAUGUGAUAUAUCCGUGCACAAAUAAAAUAAAAUAAAUAAAAAAAAAAAAAACUUACCUUUUUCCAGCGCUGGGCGGAGAGCUCUCUGCCUCCUCUCCUCCUCCGAUCCGCCCCGUCGGCUGAAUGCGCACGCGCGACAAGAGCUGCGCGCGCAUUCUCAAUGCUUUCCUUUGGAUGCUGGCGUGCUCUCACUGUGAAAAUCACAGUGAGAAGCACGCAAGCGCCUCUAGUGGCUGUCAAUGAGACAGCCACUAGAGGGAAUGGGGGAAGGCUUAACCCAUUGAUAAACAUAGCAGUUUCUCUGAAACUAGAAGGACCUGGCACCCAGACCACUUCAUUAAGCUGAAGUGGUCUGGGUGCCUAGAGUGGUCCUUUAAUAAUGUAAUCAUAUUUUGUGAAUAUAAUCAAUGGCAAAUUUUCUGGGAGAAAAUUAAAUAAUGUAAACGAAUAAAAAGUAUCAAAAAGUCAGAUUAUUGUUUUUACAUACUCAUAAUGCAUUGUUUAUAUGCAUAAAGAAAUUACCAACUCCAACCUUGAAUACCUUUCAAAGUGAUUUUUCUCCUGCAGCCUUUGAAUGCUACAUUCAUGCAAGCACUUUUCUUUUUUCAUAUAUUGUGCAAAGAGCAUGUAGAAGUAAUUUUCUUGUCCACAAUACAAUGAUGGAUCUGGGACAAUCACAUACAAUCAUGUCCUAUUUACCUCCCUCACUGUACAGGUUUGUGUUUGUCCUUUUGCCUUAUUAUAUCUCUAUUUUACACUUUCUCCAUUGUUAUAUCUGGCAAUUUACUAAGCCUUUAGCUCCUAAGUGUACUAUUUGAUAACAAGGUGUGAACUAGCAGAAAUUUCACAAAACUGCUCCAACUGGCCAUCCAUCUAAUACACUAACUACUUGUAAACUGCUAAACAAGGCAAAGACAACCUGCGGCAGCCAUUUUUAUUUUGGGCAAAAUGGGGAGGAAAAAGCCAUCAGUGAAGCUCUAAACCCUUAUAAAACAUAAAUACAAUUGAACGCUAGACUCCCCCGUGUAUCCUCAAACACUCCUCUCCACUUUCAUCCUGCAGAGUGAUUACCACAGGCAGGAUGAGACUAUGAACCAUCCCUUAUCAAUCAUGGCCGCUCCUGCGCUCAGGUAUGUGUACUCCCUGCAGGCUCCCUGGGAGGCGCGCUCCCAGUGCACUGCUUGUCUGGGGACGAGCGGGGCGCGCACCCUGCGCACAACACACACCUGUUGUGACAGAUCAAUGACUACCUGUGUGAGGAGGAGCCUGCCAAAUAGCAACCUGCCUGGCCUAGGACCAGCCUUUAUUAAUAAUACGCUGCCGGAGGGGAUACUUUGUUAUGCGAUAACAAUAUUAACUGAAUCAUCCCAUGGCAUCAGCAGCUUUCAUUAGAUAUAGCUAUCUAUGUAUGGACUGAGAAUAACUGUAUCCCCUUGGAUGUUUGUGAUUAUGAAAUAGUCUGUGUGGCCAAGAAUCUUUAUUGACUGGACUUUGUUGGAGUGUUCCUUUUUGUUAACAGGAUCAGAGCAACUCAUGCCAGGGUCAUCCUCUCUUUACUGAUAGGAGCACAUCUGGAAACAACCAUCUCACCAGGACACCCAUCAUCAUCACUACAGCAUCUCUGAGAUCCAAAGGAGAAGCCCACUUCAAGCGGCUGAAGGAGAAGUAGAGUGCCCUGCCUGCCCACUGAAGGUCCACUUCUCCUCGGAUGGCUCUGGAGGUCCCACAGAUCCCCGAUGACUCCUUGUUCCUGUCUUUCCAGGCACAAUGUGAAUCAAGUGAGGGCUGGGUGUCUUCAUACAGCAAAGGAGGAAUUGGUGUGUGGAUGAAACCCCCCAGUGAUAAGACAUCCCUCAUCCAUACCUGCAAGGUCAGUGAAUUCUGAAAUUACAGUUCUGGAGAGUGGUUAACCUAUGAAUGAAAGUUCCUGUGAAGUGCCUCUGUUAUAACGUGUAUCAAUGAAAUCAAAACCUUUGUGUAGUGCUAACCCCUCUCUAAACAUCAUAACAAGUAUACAGUUUUGUAGUGGUUAUGGUGCCCGAAGGCACUUGGCACUGCCCCAUAGUAACUCAUUAUAUGGUUUUGAACUGGUAGCCAGAGGCACUCAUGAUCUGGACCCCACCUCAGAUAUUAAAUCAAAUUUAUUUAUGCCUUUGUACAAUUUGUUGCUGAAAAACGUCAGUUGGCAUUCUCCGCCAAUGAACAGAAACGAAUCGAUGUAUUUGAUAUGGAAGUGGAACCUGCUUUAGAUAUAGCUGAAGUGGGGGCCAGUGUACUAUGCCUUGGUAACCCUGGUAAGGUUUAAACCUUGCAAAAAAAAAGCGGGCUGACUACUUGCUGUGGCAUGGGGUCAGGGAAUCGCUGGCAUAACACUACAUUUUACUGUAGUGGUUAUGGUGCUAAGAGUAUUUAUUUGAACUGCAGAAAGCCCUCUAGAGGAUGGGUCAAUCCCAUAACAGUAAUUCGGUUGAUAUGCAAUAUAUGAACAUAUCUUGUAACUAAACCACGAUUGUUUUAUAGUGGGGGGUUUUCUAAAACAUUGGGUUUAACCCCUUAAGGACAAAACUUCUGGAAUAAAAGGGAAUCAUGACAUGUCACACGUGUCAUGUGCCCUUAAGGGGUUCAAGCAAUUUGAUGUCAAGUGCACAUUAAAAUAGCAUAUUAAAUGAGUGCAGCCUCUCAUUUCAAUAUUAUUAUUGUGCUGGUCUCGCCAUGUCUUCAUUCACAGUGCCGCCAUUUUGCUGUUUCAAGACUAAAGCUCCUCCUUUGGUCAUCCAACAGGUUAUUCAUAUGGAAAAGUAGUGCCUACCUAUCCUUAUGUAAAACUUUUUAAAUAGCCAUUAUUUAAAAAAAAAAAAAAACUUGCUGCUGGGGGAGUGAUAUAAGAUAUAUAUUUUUUAAAACAAUAAAAUAUUUGCAUGGAGAAUAAACAAAAUACUUGACAGAGCCGUGUUAACAAAAGAGUUUUUGUGAUGCGAGAAAAUCUAAAUAAAUGUAUAAAUCCACACCUUUAUGUCUCCUCUAUAAGCAUUUUCUCAUUUGCAACCAGUGCUUUCGCUGUGCCUGGACUGAACUGGAGUUUUAUAUCAUUUGCUAAAAGUUUAGUAUACAUUUUUAAAAGAAAAUUUUGCAUCAGCUGUAGGUUAUUUUCAAUGUUGUAUUCAGUGGUGUAACUUCCAGAAAAUAAUUGGUUAUAUGUAUAGAAUAUAUACUUGCUAUCUGUUUAAGCAGGUAAAUGAUUUGUGGAAUUAUCGUUCUGUCCUGCAAAACAAGACUAGUGACUUUCUUGUGUCCCUCUUGAGCAUUAAAAGUGUGCUGUUCUUUAUGCUAUUACAAGUGGAAUGUAUAGCUAGAUUGGUAACUGUCAUAAUAAAUAAAUAUACUUUGAAACUUGAACUGAAUUUUACUAAUAUAUUGAUCAAUACUUGUCUGUUAACCUCUCGCCACUGCUUUCCAUUUAAUCCAGAACACAAUGGUGUUUCUAUCCUGUAGAACAUAAUGCAAGAGCAGAGGUCUAAUAAACUAAUAAUAUAAAUCAUCAGACUUGACGUACAACGUUCUUUUGAUAACAUUUGUACUAUAUAAACACAUUUAUUUAUUACUGUGGUCAAAUACAAUGAUCAGCCAUACAUAUAGCAUAGUUAAAGGAACACCAUAGUGUUAAGAAUACAAACCUGCCUUUUUUCCAGUGUCAUGGCUCCCUCUGUGCUGCUCAACUCUCCACCUCUCACAACUUCACUGAGGAGGCGUUGAUUUCCCCAUCUUUGGCCCAAUCCAAUGCUCUCCCUAUAGAAGAGCAUUGGGAACUAGAUGCAUGCGCGGUGAGCGCAUCAAGUGCUUCUCAUAAGAAAGCAUUGAAUUUAGUGUUUUGUUAUGAGUUGCAGUUUCACGUGACCGAGUUUUACUCAUCAAUGCAGCGGAAGCGCCUUCAGCGUCACUUACUUAUAGGUGUGUGUCACGGGAGAUGGGACUCCUCAUACGUAUUCCCUUAAUUAUACUUUGUAUCGUCUAAUGUUUCCCUGCAUUCGAAUGGAAUUGUUCCCUUCUGUUUGGUUAUUGAACCGAUUCUGUGGUGUUCCCUUGUUCGCAAAUCAUGUUUAGGCUUGAUUGGAAGACUGUGUUUGUCUCAUUCUAAAUAUGAUAAAAAAUGUGUGUUAAUCUGUGGAUAGGUAUUAAUGUCUCUCUUAAAGGACCACUAUAGUGCCAGGAAAACAUACUCGUUUUCCUGGCACUAUAGUGCCCUGAGGGUGCCCCCACCCUCAGGGACCCCCUCCCGCCGGCUCUGGAAGGGGGAAAGGGGUUAAAACUUACCUUUUUCCAGCGCUGGGCGGGAGCUCUCCUCCUCCGAUUACUCCCUCCUCCCCCGGCUGAAUGCGCACGCGCGGCAAGAGCUGCGCGCGCAUUCAGCCGGUCACAUAGGAAAGCAUUAUAAUGCUUUCCUAUGGACGCUGGCGUGCUCUCACUGUGAAAAUCACGGUGAGAAGCACGCAAGCGCCUCUAGUGGCUGUCAAUGAGACAGCCACUAGAGGCUUUGGGGGAAGGCUUAACCCAUUAAUAAACAUAGCAGUUUCUCUGAAACUGCUAUGUUUAUUAAAAAAUGGGUUAACCCUAGCUGGACCAGGCACCCAGACCACUUCAUUAAGCUGAAGUGGUCUGGGUGCCUAGAGUGGUCCUUUAAAUAUGAUAUUGAAACACAAGGCUUGUUGAUAUCAAAGGACUCCUUAUCUAAGAGGGAAUCAAGACCUAUGGCAAAUGAGAGAGUUAGUUUAUACUGAAACCAGACUUCCAGGCCACUUAUGUGUGUAUUCUCACACCUUACAGAGGAGCUUACAGAGGAAUUUAGGUUGUAAGCCCUGACAUCCCAUACAAUCAAAUGAACCCCUUUUUGAAAUUGACAAUUCCACCUCUACCAGGCAGCCAGUUCAUAUCUGCACAAACAUAACUUUUGUUUUACCGAACCGAUCUGAGCGAUUUUAGGAUAUGUUGUGCACUCAGAUCGGGGCUAUUCAGAAAUAUAUUUUUUGUGGGGUUUCAAUGCUGUUGUCAUUUAUUUUUGUGAUAUUUAAAAAUUGUAUGUAAGUUUUCCUAUUUGAGAGAUAAUUUGAUUAGCUUAAUUGCAGCUCCGUUAUCUCUUAAACACAAUGGCUUGUGGGAAGGAAAUCCAUGUGAUUUUGUAUUGGAAACCCCAUACUAGGGGCACUGCAUAAGAAGCCGAGUGUAGCAUAAUAAAGUUCAGAUUGCUGCUUUUACCCAGUACGACUGGUUGCAUCCAGUAUAUUGGGGAAACUCUACACAAAGGGAAUACUUUCACUAUAUUCAGCACAUCUGGAAUUAGGACUAGUGGAGGAUUGAAGGAAUAACCACAAUAGACUCACAAACCCUUGACAGUGUGUUUAACCCUGCAGUGGAAAAAUUGCAAUUUCUAUUAAACUGGAAUGUUUUACAUUUAAUGGUUAACGUGACAGGAACACUGUACUCAGAACACUUCUUUCACAUGAAGUGGUCUUGGUGACUUUAAUAGUCCUUUUAAAGGAACUCUCCAGGCACAUUAAAGCACUUAAAGGACCACUCUAGGCACCCAGACCACUUCAGCUUAAUGAAGUGGUCUGGGUGCCAGGUCCUUCUAGGGUUAACCCAUUUUUUCAUAAUUAUAGCAGUUUCAGAGAAACUGCUAUAAUUAUGAAUGGGUUAAGCCUUCCCCUAAUCCUCUAGUGGCUGUCUCAUUGACAGCCACUAGAGGCGCUUGCGUGCUUCUCACUGUGAUUUUCACAGUGAGAGCACGCAAGCGUCCAUAGGAAAACAUUGUAAAUGCUUUCCUAUGCGACGGGCUGAAUGCGCGCGCAGCUCUUGCCGCGCGUGCGCAUUCAGCCGGCGGGGAGGAUCGGAGGCGGAGAGGAGGAGGAGAGCUCUCCGCCCAGCGCUGGAAAAAGGUAAGUUUAAACCCCUUUCCCCCUUCCAGAGCCGGGCGGGAGGGGGACCCUGAGGGUGGGGGCACCCUCAGGGCACUAUAGUGCCAGGAAAACGAGUGUUUUCCUGGCACUAUAGUGGUCCUUUAAAUUUGCAGAAUGUGUUUGUAGUCUUUCAUAUUUGUGACAGUUUAUAAGAGUGCUGAUUUUAAUGUUUUAUUCAGGCUAUAUCUACUAAAUUGUUUAAAAAAAUAAAAAAAAUUAAUGGUAUACCAAACAUGCUGAUAUCUUUCAUGUAAUCUGUCAUAUCAAAUAUCAUUGAUAGGACACAAAAAUAAUGUUUCAGCCAAGUGUAAUAUGCAUUUUAAAAAUAAUUUUGGGGUUUGACAGUUUCCGCAUUUGAAACUGACAUAUCAGACCUUCAGAAUACUCAUUCCCAAAUAUAGUAGGCUUUCUUGUCCAAACAUUACUAAGGUGAAUUGUUUCCUAAAAAUGAGAACAUAUAGCUAACAACUAUCUCCCUUCAGGGUUGUAUGACGUUCCCAGAUGUGUCAGCUGAUACAGUCUACGAUGUUCUCCAUGACAUAGAAUAUCGCAAGAAGUGGGAUGUAAAUGUGAUUGAGACGCGUGAUAUUGCACUGCUCUCGGCCAAUGCUGAUGUGGGAUAUUACUCAUGUAAGUAAAUAUCAUCAUAAUCAAUUUUUAACAAGGUCAAAAUGAGUGUUUUAAUUAGGAUGAUAUUAAUGUUAAAAGCGCAAGUAUUCACCAUGUAUUACUUUCUUUCGUGUAAAAUUAUGAUUGUUUUAAUAGGGAAAUGCCCCAAACCACUCAAAAAUCGUGAUGUGGUAACUCUACGUUCAUGGCUUCUCCUGGAUGACUGUUACAUGAUUAUUAACUUCUCUGUCAAGCACAGUGUAAGUUUAUCUUUCUACCAGUACAUAUUCUUUUGUAUUUUAUUUUCAAAUUGAUUGAGAUACAAGCCAUAACUAAUGUUGAGAGGGCCCUGGUGCAAGAAUUUUUUUUCCGGUCCCUCUGUUGUGCAAAUGUGGCCAAAAGGUAGAUCCUCAUCUGUCUCCCAAGAUGCUUUGCAAGCUGGAGAUUUUCCUUUUGCCCAUCCUUACAGGGUUGUAUUUGUGAGCAGCGUUUCUGUGUUUGAAUGUAGGCAAGUUUUUGUAUGGAAUAUCUGUGUUUGAAUGUAGGGUUGUAUUUGUGUGUAGUAAAUGCAGUUGUGUUUGUAUGCAGUGGCAUGUUUGUAUGUAUGUUGGUGUUUGAAUGCAGGGGUGUGUUUGUAUAUAAUGAUGGCAUUUGAAUGCAGGUGUUUAUUAGCCUCUUUUGAAAUGCCAAAACACGAUACAUCCGACCAGGCCCUUGACCAGACAUACCCAUCAGGUGGCCCUAAGUAUAUGGGCCACACAAUGGGCACCAUAACUUGAGGACCUUGGCACAGGGCCCCCUUUGGCAUGCAGUCACACUUGUAACCCUGGGUGUUCUGCCACUGGAUACAUGCAAUAUAUAUCUGUUCUUAUGGCAGCAUGUAUGUGUGUAUAAAGAGCACCAGUGGAACAAAUUGUGUUUUUAUUUGUGUGGGUGGGUUUUUUAAAUUAAAUUUUUUAAAGUGAUGUGUCAUUAACAUUAAUUGAAAAGUGCUUAGGGUUGUUGGAAGUUUAAGAUAAAAAAAAAAAAAAAAAAGUGAGGAAUACUUUGAGAGAACAACUGAAAGGGAACACAGAGCAUUCUGGGUAAGUGCAACAUUAAAAAUAAACGCCCAGACUAAUACAAGCUAAGCAAAAUAAUACCAGUUGUGCUCGUGGAAAUUUCCCUGAACAUAGACAAGCAGAGCACAGCAGAGCAGGAACUCCCUGAAAUCUAUGUUCUGGGGAAAUUCCCCGAACAUAGAUCAGCUUUCUAUCAUGGGGAAUCCUUUGAAUCUCCACGCUAGAGAGCUGGUCGUAAGUGUGAGCAGUCGUAAAGUGAGGACCACCUGUAUUGUGAAUUCAUUGACAGGUUUGGUGUUGUUAUAAAGGCAUUCAUAGAACAUGUUAUGGUUUAAGGUUGUAUAGGGCUGAGCUGACCAAAGCUUCAUAGAGUUUGGUGUAGGAAUUAAAAAUAGUUUUCCAAUUUUGCUUUUAGACUUGGAUUGUCAGUUACAUCAAAAUUGGUAGCUGGGUGUUGAAUGUCAAAUGUUAAAGUUUUAGUGAAGGAAGAGGUCUUAAAAACCCAAACAAAAUAAUGGUAAUAUUGGUACUAAUAAUUAAUUUCUGUUAUAUUUUGUAGCAGUUUAUGCUGUUUCAGCCUUCAGGUACUUUUAUUCUGUAAACUCGAUUGCAUAAUCAGUUGUACACUACUGUUUUUUUUUUUUUGUUUAGUUUUUUUAUAAUUCUUUAUAUUUGCAGUGCAUAGGUUAAAGGGACACUCCAGGCACCCAGACCACUUCUGCCUAUUGGAGUGGUCUGAGUGCCAACUCCCACUACCCUUAACCCUGCAAGUGUAAUUAUUGCAGUUUUUUAUAAACUGCAAUAAUUACCUUGCAGGGUUAACUCCACCUCUAUUGGCUGUCUACUAGACGCCAGUAGAGGGCACUUCCUGCCCUAUAGCACAGAAAACCUGUGCUAGAGCGUCGCUGGACGUCCUCACGCUGUGUGAGGACCUCCAGCGUCGUUCAAUUCCCCAUAGGAAAGCAUUGAAAAGCAUUUGACUUGCACAGCCUUCCUAAACACCUCCUGUAAAGAGUCAUCUAAUGUUUAUACUUCCUUUAUUGCAAAUUAUGUUUAAUUUAAAAAUUCUUAUCCACCGCACUGUUAAUAGCUUGCUAGACCCUGCAAGAGCCUCCUGUGUGUGAUUCAAUUUUAAAGUUCAAUUUUGGGAGCAUGAGAUAUAAACUUUCGAAGUAAGUUACAUCUGAUAGAAACUGAAACCAUUUUUUGUUUUCAUCCAGGCUGUGUGAGUCACAGCCGGGGAGGUGUGGCUAUGGCUGCAUGGACAGAAACAAAAGUGAUUUAACUUCUAAAUGGCAGUGAAUUGAGCAGUGAAACUUCAGAGGCAUGAUCCAUACACCAAAACUGCUUCAUUAAGCUAAAGUUGUUUUGGUGACUAUAGUGUUCCUUUAACAAGCGGUGAAAUUCUUAAAUGGAAAAAAAUACAAUGUGGUUGAAAGCAAGAUUGUUAGAAAAUAUCAGAGAUACAGCACUGUUUUUUGUUUUUUUAUAUAACAGAAAAAAAUAAAGGCAGGCUAGGCAACCUGUCCAAUCACAUAGCAUAAAGAAAACCUCUAGUCAUAGAACGUAUGGUUAGACAUGGUGAUUGCUCACAGGUACUUUAGAGUGUACGAUUGGCAUGAAGUUAAAGCCAUUGCUAGUCACGGCAGGCUAGCUGGGACAUGGGAUAGAUUGCUGAUCAUUCGCCACCACAGCAUGAACAGAAGGUGCCGGGAUAACCCCUACUAGCUGGGGGGAGGGGAGAAUGCGAGAUUAGUUUGCAGCAACUCCUCAGAUGGCUACUUGAGGUGCUUCCUGGGGCAGUGCUGUACAGUGUCUCUACAUUCAUAGAGUAAUUGAUUUGAUCUCUAUAAGAUGAUGUUGAUUGGAUGUUGAUUACAACCCUCUGAUAUUACCUGGUUAUGUGUUGUUCUGCAGUCGUACCCUCCUCGCAAAGAUUUGGUUCGAGCCGUCUCUCUACUUGCUGGUUACCUAAUUAAAAUAACUGGACCCAACAGCUGCAUACUCACUUACCUCGCACAGGUGGAUCCCAGAGGUAAGGGCAGUACAGAGCUAUCCACAUGGGAUAGCUAUAAAAAUAUGUGAAAGAUCAACUAAAGCUAUAUUUUUUGUUUACUUCAUUGUACAGUACAGGUACACACUAAUCCUAACUGGACACUCUAAAGUUAAAAGGAUCUGCUCUUCUGAAGUAUUUACCAAUGAAAUUUAACAGUAAAUUCCUUUAGCUAGAAUCCGUAAAAAAAAUUCUUUUCACACAUAAGUAAAAAUGAUAUUUAUGCACACUGAGUAAAAUAUGUGCAAUAAUUGUAAUGUAGUUUCUAAAAAGAUAAUCAUUGCAAAUGUCUGCUGUAGUGUUUUAUUUUUAGUUUGGAACAGAUUCUAGCUUCCCGUACUUUUAAAUCAGUUACAGAUUUGCACUGUUACAAAUUUGCUGUGUGUGCUGUGUCUAUUCGAUUAUAAACUCCUGCUAACAGUGUGUGCUAAUCAUUUUGUGCUUGGAUUUAUAAAGUUAUUAAACAAGAGAGUGCAUAUAAAAUGUAUAAAGUAUUUUGGUGAUCUUUGUUUUUCAGGUUCAUUACCAAAGUGGGUAGUGAAUAAGUCUUCACAAUUUUUGGCUCCGAAAGUAAGUGCUCUGUUUCACAUCCUUUAUAACCAUAUUCUUCAGUUCUAUCCUUAGCAACUGGGCCAGGAUUUCAUAAUAUACCUGCUCUGAGCACAAGUGAGUUAAUGAGUAACUCUCAUCUUCACAGACACUUGUGCACCAGUAAGGAUAUCCUCCAAUCCUGUGUUUUGGUACAUCCCAGCUUUGCAUUACACUACACUAUACAUGAGUCAUUCUUAUUCUGUUCUGUCCCUCUGCUUUAUCUUAGAUCCUACGAAAAAUGCACAAGGCCUGUGUCCAAUAUCCUGCCUGGAAGAAGAAGAAUCGACCUGAAUUUAAGCCAUGGCUAAAUCCAGAACAAAACACAUUGCCUCGGAUGUCUUUGAACGAGCUGUCACUGCAAAGAACGGAGUCCCUGGAGCAGGUGGAUGAAAGUCGGCUAUGUGAAGUGACUGAGGAGAAAGACAACAGUGAUGAUGAUGAGAAAGUCAGGGGUAAAGACUAACGGCUUGCAUUAAGUGAGAGAUAUCACUUACUUUUACAGCCAUUUCUUAGCGUUGGGUUUUACUCACCCUUGUGUCAUCGUUAAAUAUCCUAAACAAAAUAACAAACAUUUCAUGCAGCUUACUGAGAAUUGCUACUGGACAUUUGUUCCUGAUAAGAUGUCAUCUGCACAGUUCAGGUUCAAAGGUGGUGAAUAGAUACUGACCAAGGGUAGGUUUUUUUUUUUUUUUUUUUUUUUUACCUCAAAUGGGUAUGUGCCUUAAACACGAUUGUUUUGUUAAUUAAUAAAUUAAAUCUUAUGUUUCUACUUGUUUUAUAUCGGGAAUAAACUAUUUACUUUAUAUACGUUUGAAAAUCCAGAAUCAGCCCUGGUCACAGAUGAAGCCUUAAAGUGACAAGAUAGAGCAAAGAAAAUUUGCCCAGGUUUGUGGUUAAGACUGUCUUUUUAAAUGUGAUCAAUCUGAUAUGGUUAUGGAAAUGGUCUCUCUAAAAUGGUACACUUGAACAGAAAAGAGGUAUCAUAUGUAUCUUUCUAAAGGGCAAACUAUGAAGAUUUUUCUCAUCUGAUCAUCUUUCAGAGACAUAAUGAUACAUACAUACGUGCAACUUACAUCUGCAUAGUGUUCUGUUUCAAACUAGGGAUAAAAUAAGUGGCUCACAUAGUCAAAACUUGUUCCAGAUUUUUCCAUUCAAAAUAAAUGGUAAAAGUUGGAGAGUAUUCAUUACAUCCUUACAAAAUGUGUAUGCCCACGUCGAUAUUUUCGUUGUACAUAUCCAUUUGCUACUUUCUUAUGGCCCUCUGUUUCUUCCCCAGCCCAGACUUUCUGUAGCUGAGAAUUCUUUGCAAGGCAGGUGCUCCGAGC